AUGGGAACUUCUAAGCCACAUGUCUCGAUAGACCUAUCCACACAGCACAGCCUUUAUACAAAAGAAAUGCAAACGUGUCAUAGUUUCCCUUCUGUCGAAAAUUUCUGCCUAGUUACUCCUUAUCACCAAAAGAGAUAGAGCAACCACUCUGUCCACAUGAAGAUUCAAUGGUCACUAACCCAGUCCAUCCUCCAAUGACAGAUUCCCAUGUCAGUCCUCUCAGUUGUAGAACCAUGAAUGCCAUGAAGCUUCGAAAUUUUUGCCCACCCAGAAAUCAUUCAAGAAUAAGCACCUCAAGAUUUGGUGAGAGACCAUUAUGGUUUAAACCCGUUACAAUCCUUAAAGUUGCAGAACACAAUUCUGGGUCAGGCUUAGUUGAGCUUGAAACACUUGCUCAGAAGAAAAGAGAGCUUUACCAGGCGAUGGAAGGAAUCAAUAGGGGAAUAUUCGGAAUGCCAUCUGCCAAGAAGUCUGAAAUCGAAAGUCUGGUACAGCAGCUAGAAUCUCUGAAUCCUACUCCAUACCCAACUCAAGAACUUGAGAUGGUAUCUGGGUGUUGGAGGCUUGUUUACAGUACAAUCUCAAUUUUGGGAUCAAAGAGGACAAAGUUAGGCCUCAGAGACUUUAUCUCACUGGAUGAAUUUUUUCAGACUAUUGAUAUAUCCAAGAGCAAAGCAGUUAACAUGAUCAAGUUCAGUGCAAGGGGAUUGAGUUUGCUGUCUGGACAGCUCAGUAUUCAAGCCUCUUUCAAGAUUGCUUCCACAACAAGAGUUGACAUUAAUUUCGAAAAUUCAACUAUCACUCCUGAUCAGUUGAUGAAUGUGUUCCGGAAAAAUUAUGAUCUUCUGCUCAGCAUCUUCAACCCAGAGGGAUGGCUGGAAAUCACGUAUCCUAAUUCUUUCAAGAUUUUCAUUUUCUUUUUCUAUUUUUUCGUAUCCUAUAAAAGUCUUCACUCACUCCUAUUUGAUGUUUCAGUUUUCUAAAAUCAAACAGCUAUGGUUUCUUGCUAUUAAUUGAUGAAAUUUGUUGUUGUUUCUGAAGUCUACCAUGACAUAGAUAUCUUGAUGAUUCGAUGAGAAUAGGAAGGGACGACAAAAGCAAUAUCUUUGUACUGGAAAAAUUUGAUGAUAGUAAAAACUCCUAACUAUUUAUUGCUCUUCCUCUUUGAUGUUCAAAAUUAAUACUAUGCCAGCCAUUUUUGUACUUGUACAAUUUUAUUCAUCACUUUUAGCUUUUCGAAGCACAUUUUCA